AUGACUUCAGAUUUCCUGAGAAGAUCUCCAAAUAAGUACCUAAAAGAAUUCCAGACACAGAGGAGCUUUGUUAUGGUGAUUAAAGACCUGAUUGGAUCAAUUAUCCAAACCAUAUGGAUUGAUGUUUCAGGAGGAACCGGAGCCCAGUCGGUGACCCAGCCUGAUGCCCACGUCACUGUUUCUGAAGAAGACUUUCUGGAGCUGAGAUGCAACUAUUCCUAUAGUGGAACUCCUUAUCUCUACUGGUAUGUGCAGUACCCCAACCAAGGCCUCCAGCUUCUCCUCAAAUACGUAUCAGGGAACACCAAGGUUCAAGGCUUCCUUGAAGACCAAGAUUAUCUGCAGUAUCCGAUUUUGCCUCUAGAGGAAGACGUUACACAAAUUGAACUUGACAGAAAGCCAGAAACCAGCCAGCUCUUUGAGGAAGAGCUUUUGCUUUACACACCGGUAAACUCACUUACCACUCUGUCAGUGUCCAUGUGGCUGAACUGUUUGCAGAAAAGAGCCUCCUGUUUCCUCUGCAGUUCGGACAUGAAGGCCACCCUCCUCUCAGUGCUGGGGAUGAUAUUCACACUCAGAGGAACAGGAGCUCAGACAGUGACCCAGCCUGAGGACUUUAUCUCUGUCUUUGAAGGGAACUUCGUGCAGGUCAAGUGUAACUACUCAUAUUCUGGGAGUCCUGUGCUCUUCUGGUAUGUCCAGUACCCCAAACGAGGCCUCCAGUUACUCCUGAAACACAUCUCAGGAGAGAGUAUCAAAGGUUUCACGGCCAGCCUUAACAAGGAUGAGACAUCUUUCCAUCUGAAGAAACAAUCAGCUCAAGAGGAAGACUCAGCCACGUAUUACUGUGCUCUGAGGGACACAGUAACUGGUUUCAUAAGGGAAGCAGAGCAUAAACCCUUUGUGGAGUUACAGAAAGACUCAGGUCGAGGCUUUGUCUGGCUGGUUUUAAUCCAUUCAAAUGAAAGAGAGAAACACAGUGGAAGGCUACAAGUCACACUGAACAGCUCCAUCAAAAGCAGUUCUUUGUCCCUCAUGGCCUCCCAGACUGUGGACACUGCUACUUACAUCUGUGCCACGGAACACAGAGGGACCACUGGAGACACAGUGACCCAGACAGAAGGUUCUGUUACCCUCCGUGAGGGGACACCGCUGACCCUGAACUGCACCUACGAGAGCAGCUACUCAGUUUUUGUUUUCUGGUAUGUCCAGUACCAAAACAAAGAGCCUGAGCUCCUCCUGAAGAGCUCAUCAGAAAACCAGAGGGUAGAGCAUCACGGUUUUCAGGCCGAUCUUAAGAGUGACAAGUCCUUCCACCUGGAGAAACGCUCGGUGCAAAUGUCAGACUCGGCCGUGUACUACUGCGUGCUGGGAGGCACAGUGAGAACCACAGGAGGGGGAGCUGAGCGCAAACCCAGAGCGGCACAGGAGGCACCUGGAAGUGGGCAGCCUGGAGGGCAGAAUGAUGACUUAUUUCUCUCCAGUCAGUGUCCUGGGCUGGGCAUAACUAGAGGGAAGGAAAAAAUUCCAGCUCGGAUGGCUCCUCACUCAGGAACCCUGGUGCUACUUUAA